AUGUCAGCUCCUGCAUUGUCAGCCACUAGUACCGUUCCUUCAGAUAUAGCAUCCACAUCAGCUCCACUCCUGCAAUGUCAGCCACUAGUACCGUUCCUUCCAGAUAUAGCAUCCACAUCAGCCUCCACUCCUGCAAUGUCAGCCACUAGUACCGUUCCAGAUAUAGCAUCGACAUCAGAUAUAGCAUCCCUUCAUAUAGCAUCAUACCUCCUCACUCCUGCAUUGUCAGCCACUAGUACCGUUCCUUCAGAUAUAGCAUCCACAUCAGCCUCCACUCCUGCAAUGUCAGCCACUAGUACCGUUCCUUCAGAUAUAGCAUCCACAUCAGCCUCCACUCCUGCAAUGUCACUAGUACUAGUACAGUUCCUUCCAGAUAUAGCAUCCACAUCAGCCUCCAAUCCUGCAAUGUCAGCCACUAGUACCGUUCCUUCAGAUAUAGCAUCCACAUCAGCCUCCCACUCCUGCAUUGUCAGCCACUAG